AUGACACCAGUGCCACCAUAUUUCUUCAUUGUCGUUGUCUGCUUAGAAAUUGGCAGAGUACAGCUACUUACUACAUCUACAACUGCCAAAACAAGUACUAGCGCUAGUGUCAGCACAUCAACCGUUUCCGCUGUCUGCCAGGACGACCCGACCGUUAAUUGCACCAAAUACAAGCCGCAAUGUUCAGAUUUCCACUACAACGACCUAAUGAAUAAAUACUGCCCAAAGACAUGCGACAAAUGUGAGCCUGCAACGACAUGCCAAGAUGCCGCAGAUCACUGUGAAGCAUGGAAUGCAAAUGGAUUCUGCAACAGCACCUACAGUUCCACCGAGCAAAAGAAGGCGUAUUGCGAGAAGACAUGCGGAUUUUGCUCAUAG